CCGGGCCCGGGAACCGGGUUCUGAAGGUUGACCGGGAGGGACCCGCACCGGGAAAACCGGUAAUUCCCGUUCCCGGUUUCAUCCUGUCAAAAAUGACCGGGGCUGUAUUUUUCCACCUGGGGCUGUAUUUUCAGUAUCCUCCUAUACUUAUUUUAAAUAACCUCUAUUAAAGUAAGUAAAUGCCAUUCGAGAUUUAUAACUUUUGUAAAUCUAGCUGUCACCCUUUUUUAAUUUUCAAAUUUUUUUACUAUAAAAGACUUUUAUCCCAAACCUCAAAAUUUCUAUACCUCAUAAAUAUUUGUUUUCUUUUAGUUCUGUUUAGUUCUGUGUUUUCUUUUAGUUCUGUGUUUUCUUUUAGUUCCCUUUUCUUUUAGUUCUGUAUUUUAUUUUGGGUGGUUCACGUGUCAAAAAGAAUGAUGAGAUUGUUCAACAGGAUUGCAAAAAUCAAUGUACAUGGAGAUGUUGAUGUGUCGGUCUACAGAUCAGUACGAUCAAAGCUUAGAAUUGCAGUUGCCUCCGUUCCGGGUCCGAUUGUGAAAGUGUGCAUUAGCUUUGUUACCGAAACGACUACUAAUGAUGGAUUACCGCACACUCUGGAGCAUCUGGUUUUCAUGGGCAGCAGAAAUUACCCCUAUAAGGGGUUUCUUGUCGUUAUCGGGAAUCGUUGUUUGGCUUCUAAAACAAAUGCAGCGACAUGUCAAGACUAUACAGUCUAUAGUACAACAAUAGUUGGCCAUGCAGGAUUUUUAAAAAUCCUGCCAAUUUUUAUCGAUCAUUUGCUCUCUCCCUUGUUAACGGACGCUCAAUACCUUACGGAGGUUCACCAUAUUGACGGGAAUGGUGCAGACUCUGGCGUCGUCUACAGUGAGAUGCAGGCUAAAGAAAACGACAUGGAGAUUAUCGUCGACAGAAAAAAAAAGCAACUGUUUUACCCACCUAAUUCCAGCUAUGCAGUAACGGCAGGUGGCCGAUUGGAGGAACUCCGUACACAGUGUUCAGCUCAGCGGGUUAGGGAAUUUCACAAGCACUUUUACAAUCUCAAUAAUAUGUUCAUUACUGUUAGUGGCUCCAUUAACCAUGAUGAUUUGCUUCAAGCUGUGGCAAAAGUAGAAGGACCAUACAUCACAUCGAUUCCGAAAAACUUCAAUCGUCCCUUCUCUUUACGGACACCGCCCAUCAAAGAAGAAAAGUGCGUCGUUAUAUGCCCUGCCGAUGAUGAUACAAUUGGAGUGGUGGAGAUCUCAUGGUUAGGGCCUAAAGGAUCUGAAGUAUACAGAAAUCGUGCACUUCUUCUUCUUUUUGAUUAUCUCGUUGAUACUUCUGGGGCACCUUUGAAAAAGGAUUUCGUUCAAAUUGAAGAACCAUUUUGUUCAUCAGUUUCUAUUUUUUUGCUUUUACAAAAUGAUUGUGAGAUUGUUAUGACAUUCAAGGGAGUUCCUGUUACAAAGAGUGAUCAAAUUCGAAAUAGAUUUUUCUCAAAAACUGCAGCUGAGCAUUCAAAUAUUGAUGUUUUUGACAUGGAACGACUACACUUUAUGAUAGAUCAACAAAUCAGAAGUUUUCGGCUUAACAUGGAGAACAAUUCCCACAUAUACAUAGCAGGCACAAUUAUUGGUCACCAAUUGUACGGCCCAUCAAAUGAAAAUGAGCAGGAAAAGGAUUUGGAAGAACGGCUUCAAGAGGUACAAAUUUUGAAACGACUACGUGAUGAACCUGCCUAUUUUUGGCAUUCAUUAUUCUCUGAAACUUUCACGCAAAACUGUGUUUGUGUUAUUGGCAAACCAAACAAGGAAGCAGUAGACGAAUUGAUGGAGAAGAAAACACGACUUGCUGAUCAAGUGAAGUUAUUUGGCAAAGAUGGACUCAAAAAGAAGGCUCAAAUCUUGGCUGAUGCUUUUGCGGAAAAUAAGGCAAAACAACCUACAUCAGAUGUGCUUAAAGAUCUCAUUGUAAAGGAUCUCGAAAAAUUUCGUCUUAUUCCCGUUAAUUCUACUGUUCUUAAUGGCUGGCCUAUUCACACAACGUGGCAUGAGAUUAAAAGUGAUUUCUACGAGGCAAAUACAUUGAUAGACACAAGCAAGAUUCCUGUUAAUCUUCGCAAAUAUAUGAUGUUAUGGGCCGAACUAUUAUUCCAAUCUGAUGCGACAAUUGACAAUAAAGUAUGGACUUAUGACGAAGUCGCAAAACUAGUCACUCGUGACUUGGUUUCACGUUUUGUCUCAUUGGGUAUCUCAGGUUUUUACUCACGCUUCAUCUCUCUUCAACUUCGUGUUGACACAAACAACUAUCAAAAAUUGGCCGAAUGGACAGAAAUCUUUCUCAAGAAACUCAUUCUCAAUCCGCAGCGAAUACUUAUUUGUGCAAAAAAAUUAGCGAAUUAUGCAGCCGAGUACAGACGUGAUGGAAAUUCUAUUGCUCAUUUUUUGUCUAACUAUAUGGUCUAUGAUAAAGAUUCUAACGAAUUCAUGUUUGACUGUCUUAGUAACGAAAAGUUCCACCGUUCCAUUGCUUCAUUGGAGAAUGGAAAACUUGAUUCAGUAAUGGAUAAUUUAAAAGAAUUAAACAACUCAAUUCUCUCGUCAUUGCUGAAUUUACAUCUUGUUGGAAGUUUUGCUAAUCUACCACAGAGUGAACAAAUUGGAAAAGCUUGGACAUUUUUGGAGAAUCAAAGGCCUAAAGAACAAUCAGAAGUAAUGUGCGAUCCAGAUUAUGGUCAGAGCUGGGAUAAAAUUGGAGAGGUCAACGCAAUUUCUGUCGGUGGGUCAGAAAGCGCCUUUUUGCUACGCAAAGCCAAAUUCAACGAUAAUUGGAAAGGAAAAUCAACAAUGUCUGCUCUACUCCUUGCUCACUAUAUCUGCCAAUCUGAAGGUCCUCUUUGGAAUUCUGUGCGAGGCAAUGGUUUAGCCUAUGAUGCGUCAAUCUACAUUUUACCAGACAUGAAAUCAAUCACUCUAAAUUUAUAUCGUUGCUCGAAGUUGAAGGAGGCUUAUGAGAAAACGCGCGAAACAGUGCUUUCUGUCCUUGAUGGAGAACUUAAUGAAGCCGAGUUUGAAGCUGCAAAAAGAAGUUUAGUUUGUAAACGAAUAAAUGCACAAAGCACAAUUACAUCUACGGCUACUUCCGCAAUUUUGGCAGUCUUUCGAAAUGUCAAUACGGAAUUUACAAAUUAUCUAUGUUCACAAAUAUGGAAUGCAACAAAAGAGGAUGUAUUAAAGGAUGGCUCACCUGCGAUUAGAAAUCUCUUUGAUGACGAGAAGUCAGUUACAGCCAUAGCUUCAAAUUCGAGUAGGAAAGAGGAAAUCAAGAAGUUAUUUCCAAAAGUUAAAAUCGUGAAAUUAUGA